AUGGUUAAUGAAACUCAAGGGUCUGGAGCUGAUUUGCAUUAUAGAUUUACCGGAAAAGAUUCCCGCUGUUUUUGUCAUAACUUCAUGAGACUAAUCAAGUGGCUAAGGUGUGAAAAAGACUCCAGGAAAGAACGUCAAACAGUUCUUGCUUUAGCUUAUUUAGGUGUGAGGCUAAGGGACUGUGUUUCUCUCUUUAGUAGAUUUGAGAUAACAUCAGACCACAUUGAUCAGCUUUCUAUUGCCUGUCAUGAGUAUUUUAAAGUAAAUUCAUUGUUGUUGCCAAGUUCUGUAAAUCCUACUGUCUGGACAUUGGGUCACAUUGUCCCGGCUCAUUGUCGUCAAGUGCUUGAAAAGUAUGGCCAGGGGUUGGGGUUAGUAACCAUGGAAGGACGAGAAGCGAAGCAUAUUUUUCUUAAAAAAUUAGGUGAAAAUACAACAUAUCAAAACAGAUGGGUUGAAAUAUUUAGACAUGAAUAUGUGAUGCUGAUUUGGCUACCUCAGCAAGGUUUUCAGCAGCCAGAAGCUGCAUGCAAAAAUGUAGCCUACAUCCCAGAGAGGGUAUUCAAUGAUCCAUCUUAUUGCUAUUGUGGUCUGUUAAAGGCAUGUCCUGAGGAUGCUAAGUGCUGUGUCUGUGGACACCCAAUCAUGAAAUUUAUUGAGCAAAGUGUAAAGGACGGAAGGAUUGCUCCACAGCUUUUGUAAUUAAUGUUAAAUCUGUACACAGUUGGACUCAAAAACACUGCUGACUUGAGAUUAUAUAUUAUAUUACAUUACAUAGUUUAUAUCAUACCAUACAAUAUAAUAUAUUAUAUCAUAUCAUAUUAUAUUAAAUUAUAUUACAUUAGCAGCAGUAAGGAACUUUAAGAUAGUGUUAGAAUAUAAAAUCCAGUUUGAUCACCCUCCUGUUGUGUGGUUUUGUUUACAAUUGGUCCUAACAUAAGGAAUAAAACAUGUUGGGACUCAAUAUCAAACCGCUCGGCAUUCAAACAUUGUUGCUAAUACCGAUAAAGUAUGUCUAUGGCAUUUUGAAAGGAUUCAUUGGCAACUGCGAAGAGUGGAGGACAAUUAACAACAACAACAAUUUAUUGGCAUAUACUGUAGAUGUCAUUACCUACAAAUUAUAUAAGAAUUAACUGCAAUGGGCCAUUCCAUUUUAUAUCAGCACCCCCCCCCCCCCUAUUGAGGGUCAAGGAAAUCCUAGGGGGAGGGAGGGGGCCUUUAGCAGUAAUUUCUGAAGGAGUAGCCAUGUUGGUAACUUUGAUCUUUUUGUUUUUUCUGAAGGGGGGUAUGUGUCAGCACUUUGAUCUUUAAAAUCAGAGGGGGUCCUCAACUGUUAUUUCCGAGGGAGUAGAGACCAAAACCCCUCAAUAGGGAGGGUGGGGGGGGGGUGCAGAUAUUAAAAGGAAUGACCCAAUAACUAAACUAUAUAUAUAUAAAAGGCGAGGCAAGUAACUACAAAUCGGCUGAGUGCAUAAUGUUAGGACACCUUAUAAUUACAAACAGCCUGACAUAUACUCCACUCAGUCUAUUCCGCAUUACUUAUAUGCUUACGAAAACGUGUAGCCAAAUUCAUUAGUGAAUUUGUAGAGGGCUUUCACCACCACUUGCUGUGCCCUCUUAAUAAAUGUGAUGGUGAAAGGCGUUUCAGAAGUUAUGGAAACUUUUGAAGUUCCUUCUCUUGUUCCUUUACUCUGCUUAAUAAGGAAUUCUCGGACUGAGUCUCUGCUUAGCUCAGAUAAC